UUCCGCGGAGGGGGAGGCGGGAGCGGCGAUGGCGGCGGGGUGUCGAGGGGCCUUGAUCGUGCUGGAGGGCAUGGACCGGGCAGGCAAGACGACCCAGGGCCGCCGCUUGGUGGACGCCCUCCGCGCCAGCGGCCAGACGGCCGAGCUCCUCAGGUUCCCGGAGCGAUCAACAGAAAUUGGAAAGCUGCUGAGCUCUUACUUGGAGAGGAAGAUCAAUCUGGAGGAUCACACAGUGCAUCUGCUCUUUUCUGCGAACCGCUGGGAACAAGUUCCAUUGAUGAAGGAAAAGUUAAAUCAAGGCAUCACCCUUAUAGUAGACAGAUAUGCCUUUUCUGGGGUGGCCUUCACAAGUGCCAAAGAGAAUUUUUCCCUAGAUUGGUGUAAACAACCCGAUGUGGGGCUCCCCAAACCAGAUCUGAUUCUGUUUCUUCAGCUGAGCACGGUGGAAGCGGCAACCCGAGGGAGUUUCGGCACUGAGCGGUAUGAGAACAAUGCCUUCCAGGAGAAAGCACUGCAGUCUUUUCACAAGCUGAUGAAAGAUAAGACCCUGAACUGGAAGGUGAUUGAUGCGUCCAAGAACAUAGAAGACUUGCAUAAGGAGAUCCAUCACCUCUCUAAAGAAGCAAUUAAAGAAGCUGGAAAAAAGCCUAUAGGAGAACUGUGGAAAUUAUAGGAAUAGAUGCUUAUGGUGGGAAAAAUGUGUUAAACAGAAACGAGAAAUUCCCCUUUGGCAAAUGAAGAGGUGAGGAGGGUAGCAGAGACUAUUUGGGAGGUUUAGAACUCUUUGUCUCAGUUACAUGUCGUCAGUCCAGGCUUCAAAGUACAACUUUACUUGUUGCUGCCCUCUGUUUUUAAGUCUGAUUAGGGUAUAUGUAUAUAUUAAUGUCAUAUACUCCCUAAAUUAAAAUAAAGCAUUUGAACAAUA